AUGGAGAACCAGCAACUUCGUGAGCACGUUCAGCGUCUAGAGCAAGAAAACGACGACUUGCAAUCGUCUGUACGUCGACUGGAAGCGACAGAAGAGACCUUGAAGCAUAAGCUCGAGCGAGCCGAAGAAGAAGUUGUCUUUGCGGCGCAGGAGAUCGAGACAUUGAAGCUGCAAUCAGACUACAAAACCCGCGAGUUAAGCUCCGAAUUGGAGAAGUAUGAGAACGCCAUGGACCGUCUGUUAACUGCAGUGGGGCUUCCAGUGAAGGAAAGAUGCACUGGAGUAGAGAGAAGUGGAAAGGACGAAGGCAAUCACGCAAAUCCAGUUGAAGACAACGACAAGUACGCAACCAGUGAAACAACCACAGAUGAGGUGGAAAUGUUACGAGCGGAGCUGAAGGCCAAAACCGAGGAGCUACAGACCACCCACCAGAACUACGAAGAGUUCAUGGCCGUCAGCUACGAGUUGGAGAGAGCGUUCACGAGCGAAAACGAAGAAUUGAAGAGUGAGAACGAAGAGUUGAAGCGCUUGAUUGACAAGAUCCAGGUGAGUAUCCGCUAGACUACCAAAUAAUCCCAACGAAGCCAUCAGCACCUUGUACAGAUUAUGAGCGCUUUUUGCGUUCCAGGAAGCGAGCGCGGGCUGCAGCGACGGCAUCUGCAGUCACAGUAACUGGCUUUGAAGCAUCAACUAAGUUGACUUGACUUGUAUCC